AUGGCACCCUUCAACAUGGCAUCUCUUCCCACCACUCUCGUUGCGCGCAAGCAAAAGAAGAUCGUAAAUGCCGCCUUCGCAGCUAUUGAAGCUCAUGACGCGCAUGCGCAGACUGUGCCUGAGCAGGCGAAGCUGAGCGUCAAUGACGUCGCUGUCAUCGCUAAUAAUCCAUAUCGGUUCUACUUCGAUCUCUGGAGCGGACUCCCGUAUCCCUGGCUGGUUGAGUGCUUCGGAGUCGAGCUUGCUAAGAGACUUGUUGGCCUCAACAAGAUUGCUUUGGAAGUGAGGGCGGCCGUCGCGAGCCAACCUGACCUAGACGCCCACAAGGAACUUGUGAUGGAGCCACAACGUGAGCGCUUCGCAUGGAAUAUACCUGGAGCCCGCCGCUUGGCAGUUGCCGCGGAGGCACUUGCUAAGAAGCGCGAGAGGCAAGAGCGCGAAAGGCUCGACAAGCUAUCCAAGCAGUGA